AUGGAGGCGAACCUCCGCCGGCGCAUCUUCGCGUGCCUGCUCACGGAGGACACAGCUGUGAUGGACGCGCGGUCGAUGGGCGAACGCAGAGAGCGGCUCGGGUCGGAGGUUGCGCACGUCGCCGACGUCGUGGCGCGAUCGCUCACGGGCGGGGUCAAGGCUGCGGCUACCGCGGCGCACGGCGCGGCGAGUCUCUACCGGAUCUCCUGGGAGAUCUCCGCGGUGGCGCUCGGGAUGGUCCCGCCGGGGGUGGCGCUGUUCGGAGCGAUGGGCGCGUUGUCCUCCAGGGCGCACGGGAAAGCCGCGGCGGCGAAGGAGAGAGCCGCGUCCGUCGCCGCGGAACGGUUGGCGGGUGUUCGGACCGUUCGGACGUUCGCGCAGGAGGACGCCGAGCUGGAUCGAUACGACGACGCGCUCGCCGAAGCGUCGAGGGCGCGUCGCACAGCCACCAGCGUCCACGCCCUGCACCUCGCGAUGUUCGCCGCGGUCCCGUCCACGGCGGUGGCGGCGUGGCUGUGGUACGGCGGAUCGUUGGUGGAGCGAGGUGCGAUGACGGUGGGGGAGCUCACGACGGUGGUGCCACUCGCGCUGGAAGUGGCGGGCGCGUUGGCGCAGCUGAGCGAAAAGCACAGCCCGGGGAGAAAGGCACGCGGGGGUGCACGUUCCGCUUCGAUGGAUGGGGAAGCGGUCGGUGACGAAUGCCCGUCGCCGCCGGCGCUCCGCGGCGCCAUCGACUUUCACGACGUCGUCUUCGCCUACCCCUCGAGGCCGGGUAAGGUUGUCCUCGACGGGCUCACGCUGUCGCUGCGCCCCGGCGAGACGUUCGCGCUCGUGGGUCCGUCCGGCGGCGGUAAGAGCACCGUCGGCGCGCUGCUGGAGCGCUUUUACGAUCCGAGCGAGGGUUCUGUUCGGAUCGACGGCGUCCCGGUGAGCGCGCACGACCUCCUCUGGCUCCGCCGGAACGUCGGCGCCGUGGCCCAGGACCCGACGCUAUUCUCCGGUACCGUCGCGGAGAACAUAGCGUACGCGAGACCGGGCGCCAGUCGUGCCGAGAUUGAAGCCGCGGCGGUCACGGCAAACGCGCACGGUUUCAUCGAAAACUUUCCAGACGGGUACGAAACGUGGGUGGGCGAACGGGGUGUCGCGCUCUCGGGUGGCCAACGCCAGCGCAUCGCCAUCGCCAGGGUGCUACUCGCGGACCCGGCGGUGCUGCUGCUCGACGAGGCGACGAGCGCGCUGGACGCGAGGUCGGAGCGGCUGGUAUCGGAGGCGCUGGAACGAGCGAGGCGCGGUCGGACCACCGUCGUCAUCGCGCACAGGCUGAGCACGGUGCGGGGGGCGGACCGCGUGGGGGUGCUGGUGGACGGGAAGAUCGCGGAAGUCGGGACGCACGAUGAGCUGAUGAGGAAACGGGACGGGGCGUACGCGGAGUUCGUCAGGACGCAGCUGCAGGGCUGA